ACGUCCCCUCAUCUGGGCCAAACACCAAAUUAGAGCCCUGUGUAUCAUCUUAUGUAUGACCCUAGCAUCUGCACUGGUUUCUGUCUCUUUCUAUCUGUCGCUGGGACAAUCCGCAGACAUGUCUCAUCGCAAAUUCCACGCUCCUCGCCACGGGCACAUGGGGUUCCUGCCUUGCAAACGAAGCAAGAAGCACAGGGGGAGGGUGCGUUCAUGGCCCAAAGAUAACCCCAGCCAUCCCGUCCACCUCACUGCCUUCCUGGGAUAUAAGGCAGGCAUGACCCACACGCUGAGAGAGGUGCACCGCACUGGCCUCAAGCAAUCAAAACGAGAAGAAGUUGAGGCGGUGACCAUCAUCGAGACUCCGCCUGUCAUUGUGGUGGGUGUUGUGGGAUACAUCAAAACGAUCCGUGGUUUGCGCGCCCUGAAAACCAUCUUUGCUGAGCACCUGAGUGACGAGUGCAAGCGCAGAUUUUAUAAAAACUGGUAUAAGAGCAAGAAGAAAGCCUUCACUAAGUAUGCUAAGAAGUGGCAGGACGAGACAGGCAAGAAGCAGCUUGACAAAGACUUCAAUGCCAUGAAGAAGUACUGUUCAGUUAUCAGGGUUAUUGUUCACUCACAGAUGCGACUGUUGCCCUUAAGACAGAAAAAAGCUCACGUCAUGGAGGUGCAGCUAAAUGGGGGUACCAUCUCAGACAAGGUGGACUGGGCGAAGGAGCACCUGGAGCAGGCUGUGCCCGUGUCUGCCGUCUUCUACCAGGAUGAGAUGAUUGAUGUCAUCGGUGUCACGAAAGGUCACGGCUUCAAAGGCGUAACAAGCCGCUGGCACACAAAGAAACUCCCACGGAAGACUCAUAAGGGUCUGAGGAAGGUGGCUUGUAUUGGAGCCUGGCAUCCUGCCCGUGUGGGCUUCACUGAAGCUCGUGCUGGUCAGAAAGGCUAUCAUCACCGCACUGAGAUCAACAAAAAGAUCUACCGUAUUGGUAGGGGUCUUCACAUCCAGGAUGGAAAAGUGAUCCGGAACAAUGCGUCUACAAACUAUGACAUCAGCCAGAAAACCAUUACCCCCAUGGGAGGCUUUCCUCGCUAUGGUGAAGUGAAUAAUGACUUUGUCAUGGUGAAAGGCUGCGUUAUUGGGGCUAAAAAACGUGUCCUCACCCUUCGAAAGUCUUUACUCACGCAAACAUCGCGCAAGUACAAGGAAGGCAUCGAGCUCAAGUUCAUUGACACCACUUCCAAAUUUGGCCAUGGGCGCUUCCAGACUGCCCAGGAGAAGAGAGCAUUUAUGGGGCCUCUGAAGAAAGACACCCAAAAAACAAUGCCAGGUCCUCUGCCAGAGGAGGCCUGAAAGUGUGGAUUAUGAACCCUACAAAAUAAUAAAAUAUGUAAAUUAUACUUGAA